AUGGCGGCGACUGCUGAGGCACAAAGAAAUACGAAGGCCCACUUCGAACCAGAUGAUAUAUGUUGUCUGGUCUCAAAUCCGUCUCGUGUGUGCUCUGUUGAGGGUACUCAUGAUGAUCCCCUAGUUUACCCGCCGGACGAAUACCUCAUCCUUUCUCAUCCAUCGACACCCGCGGGAAUUCUGGAGAAAUUCCUGCAGACAGAGGACGCCCCGCAAGGAUAUGUCUUUGUCCGGUUCGUGGAUAGAUCGCAGGGCUACUCGCUGAUUCCUGAAAAUGAGCUUCAACUCAUCGACAGAGAAUGCCACAUUGGUGAUAUCGUCAAAUGCCAAGCACACGAUGCCAUGUGUGGCAGGGUACUAAGUUGCCGGACCAGAUACACCCUGGAGCCUGUCGCGUCUCUCCCCAGCAACUCACUAACAGGGGAACAUGGCCCGCUGAGAUUCAAGGAUAAGCCGAAGUGUCUCAGCUCUAACAUAAUGCCACCGAUGGACGAACUACAAUCUAACUUGCUACAUGAUGUUGUCGUCUCCGACAUUGAGUCUCAUGAGCCAUUCGCCGUGGGAGACCACAUCAUAUAUCAGCAGAAGCUUGGGGUCAUCCGGCAUGUUGAUCGAGAUCCUGUGUUUUUGACGAGGCAAAGCGAGGUCGUCACCCUCUACAAUCCAUUGAACGUCGAAUGUCCAGCUUGGGUCGACCCAGCAAGGCUGGUGUGGAUGCCACGCGGUGGAGAGAUUACUGAACAGUCAGAGGUUGCCGGAGCCGAGAUAGUAUACAAGGACCCUGGUCAAGUCUAUCCUGGCCGAGCUGCCUUGGUCGAUGCCGCGAACAUGUGCGAAGUCUAUGGUGCUCGUACCAAGAACCCCACUCGUGGUCGUCAGCAUGUCUGCACGUUGGCUACACCAGCUUCACAGUACCAUGUCAAGUGGAUGAUGCCAAAUGCGUUCGGGAUUGGCAUAGACAAAGACACAGUCACUGGGGGGACGGAGAUAAUCAGAGCAUCUUUGUUCAAGAAGUAUGCGGUCAAGUGUGACUUCGGUCGGGCCCCGACGAACAAGUCUAGUGAGGAGGAGCUUCAGCUGAGGCCCAGAUGCUUGAUGAAACUGGGAAGUGUAGUGCGCUUCCGUGACACGGUUGGAGCGGCUGCAAAAUACCCUCACUAUCGUCACGUCCCAGUUGAAUAUUCGUAUGGGUAUGAUCUGAAUGUCUUUCGAAUUGUCUCGUCCAAGACAGACACGACAGUUCAGUGGCAGAACGGGAAGGUUACCAUAGAGAACGCAAUAUCUCUGCAUACACCAAAUCCCUAUCCCGCCGAAGAGGUCUUCCCUGGAGAUUUGACUGUUCUCAAAGACUCGGUUCAAGCAAUUCCUUCGACCGGAGGUGAUAAUAGAUGUUCAUCAUGCUUGUCGCUUCAUUCACACGAAGUGGGCGUGGUUCAAGAGGUGGAUAGUCGAGAGCGAGUAGCAUAUGUUCGAUGGUACGACGACGCUACUGUUGAGCUCCCGCUACACGGAUACUGUCUAAACCACGAAUACACUCGACUGGGAACCUUGAACACCAAGAAAACUCCAGUAUCGCUCUACGAGCUCGCCUCUUUCCCUGCCCUACGUAGGUCACCAGGGAGACUUGUGCAUAUUAUACCGAGCACUAUACACGCAUCUGUGUUGCAAGCUCUCCGGGUAAGCCCUGCCUCUGGCAAUGGCGCCGAUCAUUCGAGCCAUGCACCUUCCAAGCACUUCGAUGCUAUACGGAGCUACCUCGAGAAAUCGAAGAGAGACGUCGUUCGUACUGCAUGGUUCAAGAGCACAAUCGUAGUCGACAACUCUCCGGCACCUACACGCCUCAGUGUUCACUACGAAGACUUCUGCGCAAGGUUACAUGCGAACUUUGUCGGGAUGAUCAUGAAACCCAACACCGAUGGUACCGUCACGGUGCGGUUGACCCACGGAGAUUCAUGUGUGGAUAUUGAGAUGCCAACGGAGAGAAUCUUGUUGUCAUAUCCUUGUGAUUGUGAAGAAAUGCCUCUUAAUGAGUUGGCUCCGAACGACGAGUCCGAAGAUCUCGACACAGAUGAUACCGAUAAUGAAGACACUGAUGACGAUGAUGAUGCCAACUGCCACGGAGUAUCCCAUGGGGAAGAGGCAGAGCCUACACACGCUUCAAAAGACGCACUGGAACACAUUGAGGACUUCCCGUAUUAUCAUGUCACAAUGGCAGAUGCUGAAGGAGACAUGGAAAUGAGUGGAACAGAACCCCCCGGAUCAUCGGCUCCUCCAGCGUUCCUCGUACUCGAAGGACCCCCUCCCUCUGAUCAUCAUUUCCUCUCGAGUGAGCCCGCGGGGAAUUCCAGCUUGAGUAUCAAGCGCAUACAAAAGGAAUGGAGGGUCCUCAAUACAUCUCUUCCUGCUGGCAUCUAUGUCCGUUCAUGGGAGUCACGCGUGGAUCUCAUCAGGACUCUGAUUGUUGGGCCUGCGGGCACUCCGUACGAGCAUGCGCCUUUUGUGAUUGACUUCCACCUCACGGAUCAAUUCCCAAGCAAGCCCCCGGCUGCUUUCUUUCACUACUGUUCCGUCACUGAGGCAGAAAUCAAUCCUAAUCUGCACCUCGACGGCCAGGUUUGCCUUAGUCUGUUGGGCACAUGGCCUGCACAGAACCCAAAUGAGAUUUGGUCUUCUUCCAAGUCUACGCUUCUCCAGAUCAUGGUUUCCAUCAUGGGUUUGGUCCUGGUCAAACGUCCGUUUUACAAUGAGCCUGGCUUCGAAACCCUUGCUACAGACGAGGAGAAGCGGAUUGACUCGAUUCAAUACACCGAGCGAGCAUUCCUACUGACGCGGAAGUUGAUGAUACAUGCUCUGGCAAAUGAGGUGUCUGGCUUCGAUGAUGUUACCUCGUGGCUAUAUUUCCCCGCGUCCACGAUCGCGCUGGACAUGAAUCGCCCUCAUCUGAUCCGUCGAGCCAUCGAUGAUGCGCUGGCAAUGAUUGAGCAUCACCACCGCACCUCCACGGGCCAAGACCCAGCUGUCGGAGACGCUUCUGCAUACAUGUCGCGUCUCAGCCUUGGGGCAGUGGUCAUGCUUCAGAAGCACAUCGCCGAUUUGGAGAAACUUCAUACCAUCUGGCUUGAAGCGCUUCGGGAUCGUUGUGGACAUGAGCCUGAACUCUGAUCUAUGAGAGCACCUCAUAUUUGUGGAGACCCGGCUGGGGUAGGCUCUCAGGCUCUCAGGCUCUCAGGUUCUCAGGUUCUCAUGUUCUCAGUGAUAUUUGUUGUUGGUGAAAUCUGAUGUAUGUACGAGUCAAGCCCGUGCUCAUGGUUG